GCUUCCUAUGAGGGCAGGGGGAGACGGAAAUGGACGGGGUCUGCGCGCACCGGCUCGCCCUGACCCGGCAGCCGCUGGAUAACGCGUGGGGGGCGGAGCCGGGAGCGCUGGUCGCUGGGGAGGUUGAGGCCCCGGCUCCGACCCGGAUCUGGAGCCGGGUCGCGGCAGCAGGCUGACCCGCCCUUGUGUGUGUGUAUGUACCCGCUUAGGUAGACAUGGAGAACUAUUUGGCGGUCGCGGCGCUGAACGGGAUGGACCGGCGUUCCCUGCAGCGCUCGGCUAGGCUGGGUCAAGAAGUGCUGGAGCGGGCUAAGAGGAGGGCAGUGGACUGGCAUUCUCUGGCCAAAAGCAACGUGGGGGACAUUUUCCCGGAGCGGCCCUACCGAGAAAGAUGGCCCGCGGCCGGCCAGCGCCUUCUCCCCGGAGAGAGAGAAGAAAGAUGCCCAACCCUCAGUGCUUCUUUCAGAACGAUGGCGGAGUUCAUGGACUAUACUUCAAGUCAGUGUGGGAAAUAUUAUUCAUCUGUGCCAGAGGAAGGAGGGGCAACCCACGUCUAUCGUUAUCACAGAGGGAAGUCGCAGCUGCACUUGUGCUCGGACCUCGGGAAUGGCCAGAGACAAGAAACGCCCCUGGGUUUUGGAGGCGUCUGUCCAGCCACAGAGUGUACGCUCGAGGCACCCCAGCCUGAUGAGAACAUCUCUAAGGACCUCUACAUAGAAGUAUAUCCAGGGACCUAUUCUGUCACUGUGGGUGCAAAUGACUUAACCAAGAAGACUCACGUGGUGGUUGUUGAUUCAGGAGAAAGUGUGGACUUGGUUUUCCCCAUCUGAUGCAGACCAUCACGUUGCCUUUUUUUAAGUAGCAAGGAGAAUAAAGCCACCAUAUGAUUCUGUUAAUAUUUAUACAUUAAUCCUGCUCUUAAGGCCGGCCUUCCUGAGACCUGAAGCUUGUCUCUUUCAGUGCCUAUUUUAACCUCAAAAGUUUUUAACUUCUUACCCUCUUUUGCCUAAAAGUAAUAAUGAUGCUGUCUGAAUAGUUUUUACUGCUUGCUUUCCAACUAAAGGAUAAUUAUGAUAAUAAAAGGAGAGAUUUGUAAA